AUGUGGUGGAAAAACGCGACCGUGUACCAGAUCUACCCCGCCAGCUUCAAAGACUCCAACAGCGAUGGGAUUGGUGACAUUCCGGGCAUCCUUGCCCAGCUGGACUACAUUGAGUCGUUGGGCGUCGACGCCAUCUGGCUGUGCCCCAUGUACGACAGCCCCCAGUACGACAUGGGGUACGACAUUUCCAACUACGAGGCGGUGUACCCCCCGUACGGUACGGUGGCGGACGUGGAGGCCCUGAUUGCCGGGUGCCACGCGCGUGGGAUGAAGGUGUUGCUGGAUCUGGUCAUCAACCACACCUCGCAUGAGCACGCGUGGUUCAAGGAGUCGCGCUCCUCUCGGGACAGCCCCAAGCGCGACUGGUACAUCUGGCGCCCGGCCAAAUACGAUGCCGACGGGACCCGGCGGCCGCCAAAUAACUGGCGCGGCUGCUUCGGUGGCAGCGUGUGGGAAUGGGACGAGGAGACGCAGGAGUACUACCUGCAUCUGUUUGCGCCGCAGCAGCCCGAUCUCAACUGGGAGAACCCGGAGACGCGCGCGGCCAUCUUCGAGUCGGCCAUAGAGUUCUGGCUGCGCAAGGGGAUCGACGGCUUCCGCAUCGACACGGUCAACAUGUACAGCAAGCCGAUGGAUUUCCCCGACGCGCCCGUGAUCGACCCGAACCAGGAAUGGCAGUCGGCGUCGCAUCUGUUCUGCAACGGCCCGCGCAUCCAUGAGUAUAUGCGCGAGAUGGGCCAGAUCCUGCUCAAGCACAACGCCAUGACGGUCGGCGAGCUGCCGCAUACCCCAGAGGUCGAGGACGUGCUGAAGUAUGUAUCCGCCAAGGAGGAGCAGCUGAACAUGGUCUUUCAGUUUGAGAUUGUCGAGCUGGGCACCGGCAAGGAUCUGCGCUACGAUACGGUGCCGCGCAACUGGACGCUGCCGCAGCUGCGCGCGCGCGCGCAGACUACGCAGCGGCUGAUGGACGGGACCACGGAUGGCUGGAGCACCAGCUUCCUCGAGAACCACGACCAGGCGCGAUCGGUGUCGCGAUGGGGCAGUGAGGCGACGCCCGAGCUGUGGGCACGCAGCGCGAAGAUGCUGGCCAUGUUCGUCGCAAGUCUGUCGGGAACCCUGUACCUGUACCAGGGACAGGAGAUCGGGAUGGUCAACGCGCCCGCCUCAUGGCCGAUCAGCGAGUACAAGGAUGUCGAGAGCAACAAUUACUACAACUUUGUGCGGCAGAGUACGCACGACGAUCCCGUCGCGCUGGCGAAAGCCAAGGCCGCGCUGCAGCAUCUCGCGCGCGACCACGCCCGUCUCCCGAUGCAGUGGGACGGCACGGCGCAUGCGGGCUUCACCACCCCGGAAGCGACACCCUGGAUGCGCGUCAACGACAACCACGGGUCGCUCAACGUCAAGCGCCAGAACCUGGACGGCCACUCGGUUCUCGCCUUCUGGCGGCAGAUGCUGCGGGUCCGCCGGACGUACCCCGAGCUGUUCGCGGGUGGUGUGUUCCAGGAUACGGAUCCACAGGGCGAAUCGCUCUUUGUCUUCGAGAAGCUUGGCGCAGAGGGGGGGAAGAAGCUGGUCGUCGCGCUCAAUUUCACCUCCGAGACCCAGCCUGUCGAUCUCGCCGGCCGAUUGGGCUCGGAGUAUAAGGUUCUGAUCCAGAAUGGGCAGGAGACCAGUCUGGACGAGCUGCAGGCGUACGAGGGGAGGCCAUUGAUCAUGCAUCGCACUUCUCAAGCAUGCGACCCGUGUAAACGGCGCAAGGUACGCUGCAACGGCCAGCCACGCUGCCAACAAUGCACCCACGCAGGGAUCCCCUGCACGUACGCGGCGAGUCCGGCGCAGCGAUCACGGAAGAAGACAGUCGGACGGGGCAAGGUGAUUGCCGAAUGCAAGGGGCUCUUACACACUGCGUCUCCGACGUGUCGAGGGAACGCCGUUCUCGCGCCGAGAACGUCGGUGGAACGAACGCUGAGCAGCACCAGCCACCCGAACCUGGCGUUCUUCCUCGAGCUGCUGCCCGAGUACGAGCGAUACGUGUACCCGAUGAGUCCCGUGGUGACGGCGAGCGAGAUCCACGCGAUGAUCCUGAAGAUGGACUCGGAGCGCGAGACGGCCUCGUUCGUGUAUGCCUUUGCCGCCGUGACGCUGAACCUGACCUGCAGCGAGCCCAUGCAGCGGGUGCCCGCGACGCGGGAACGGAUUGCGAGCCUGCUGACGCGCGCGCUGGAGUAUCGGUCUCCCUUUGGGCUGGAGUCGCCGCCGGCAAGUAUCGUCACGGUGAUGCAGUCUGUGUUCAUGCAGAUGUGUUUCGUCAGCCUGCGCAAACUGGAUACAGGGUUCCUGUACCUGCGCGAGGCAAUCUCGCUGCUCUACAUGCUGCAUGUGCAUGAGGAGGAGAGCAUGGCAGGGCUGGAGGUGACGGAGCGGGCUCGUCGCCAGCGCGCGUACUGGGAAUGCUUCAUCCACGAACGCUUCACGGCGCUGACCUACUGCCGCCCGCCGUGUCUGCCUCCACUGCGCUGUCUACCGGAUCAUGAUGUCUCCAUCCCCGCCGAGGUCGAGCGCGGCUUCAACCACACGAUCGAGAACUUCCGGCUUGUCGAUCCGCAGUUCAUCGAUUUCUGGCUCGGGGAUCGCUCCGCCGUCACCGCCGACUGGGUGGCUGAGAAACAGCGCCAGCUCGAGGACAACGAGUGGCAUGCCGAGGUGUCGCGGCUGCCGCUCAUGCAGCAGGCAGACCUCAUCAUCACGCGUCACUGGCUGCGCACGCUGACCUGGCAGCUCGCCCUGUCCAACAUCCCGUUAUCCUCGACGACCGCUCCCUCGAUGCUGUUGUCUCUCUCGUUCCCGCUGCGGCUGUCGAACCAACUCCGGCAGUUCCUGGUGACUAUCCCGCGCGAUCUCGUCGGUAUUCAUGGCUCGGGGCUGCUAGAGAAGCUGUUCGAGAUCGCCAACACCAUCACCGACGUCGUGCUGCAUCUCACGCAUGCCCCGGGCGACGAGACCGUCCAGCGUAUCCACGAUAUCCUCUUCCUCAAACACUUUGUCUUCUCCUUUGCUGGCUUUGCCAAUCUCCGUCCGGUCGUGCUCACGCAGAAGUUCGAGAUGAUUCGCGACAAGUAUCCAGAGAUCAAAGAAAUCGAGUUGUUGGUUUGA